AUGAAUAGUACGAGUUGUGGGACAUAUGACAGGGCUAGGGCGUACCCCGCAGGCGACGCGCAGGGGCAGCACCCGGCUCCUGUGGGAAGUGGGCAAGGGUUGUCGCACCUUACGGAGCGGGUGCGACGUAAGAGGCGAGCCCGGAGAGAGAAGAAUGUCAGAGUGAGGUUUGCAAGCUGGAAUAUAGGUACGAUGACUGGAAGAGGAAGAGAGUUAGCAGAUGUUUUGAAACGACGAAGAGUGAAUGUUGCCUGUUUGCAGGAAACAAAAUGGAAGGGCAAUAAAGCAAGAGAGAUUGGGGAGGGAUACAAGUUUUAUUAUUGUGGAAGUGAUGGGAAGCGAAAUGGAGUAGGAGUUGUGUUAGAUAGUGGAAUGAAAGAACGAGUGACAGAUGUGAAAAGAGUAAAUGACAGAAUGAUAGUUGUUAAAUUAAUGAUUGAAAACAAAGUAGUGAAUGUUGUAAGUGUGUAUGCUCCGCAAACAGGCUGUGAAGAGAGUGUGAAAGAGAAGUUUUGGGAGGAAUUUGAUUGUAUGAUGAUGGGAAUACCUGAGCGUGAGGAUGUUUAUAUGAGAGGAGAUUUUAAUGGACAUGUAGGGAGAGUGAAUGACGGGUAUGAAAGAGUACACGGUGGAUGGGGGUACGAAUAG